AUGCCUAACAUCAUCGUAAUCGGAGCAGGCGUCUCCGGACUGACCUCAGCGUAUCUUCUCUCCAAAGAUCCAAGUAACAGGAUUGCGGUCGUAGCCAAGCAUAUGCCCGGCGACUCCGAUAUCGAGUAUGCAUCACCAUGGGCCGGCGCAAACUUCAUGCCUAUGUCUUCAGAACCACAAAGUCGCUAUGAACGUAGAACAUGGCCGCAACUCAAAAGACUAGCAACAGAAGUGCCAGAGGCUGGUAUCCACCUACAGAAAUGCCGCAUCUACCGCCGAAAGCAAGAUAUGAAGAAGCUGCAAAGCGGCGGCGCCACAUCCUUCAACAACGUCUUUACCGAAAACCCCUGGUGGCGCGAACUAGUCGACGACUAUCGCAAUCUCUCCCCCUCCGAGUUGCCAUCAGGAAUGGCAUCAGGCAGCGAAUUCGGCUCCGUGUGCAUCAACCCCGCCCUAUACCUCCCCUGGCUCGUAGGCCAAUGCCGCGCAAAUGAAGUGGAGUUCUAUCGGAAAACUGUAUCCCACAUAUCUGAUCUGCGGUCUCCUUGGAUCGGAAACUUCAAGCCAGACAUCAUCGUCAACGCGACUGGGCUAUCAGCUGGGAAAUUAGGAGGUGUAGAGGACAAGACCUGCUACCCAAUUCGGGGCCAGGUCGUUGUAGUAAGAAACGUAGCCCCAGCUAUGGUGUUCGUGUCUGGCACGGACGACAGCGAAGACGAGGCUUGCUACAUGAUGACGCGAGCAGUUGGCGGCGGAACAGUACUGGGAGGCACCAUGCAAAGCGGAAACUGGGAGAGUCAGCCCGAUCCCAAUAUCACUAGUCGCAUCAUGAAGAGGGCGGUUAGUUUGUUGCCUGAGCUGACGGAUGGGAAAGGGCCAGAGCACCUUGAUGUUAUCCGGCAUGGCGUUGGGCUGAGACCGGGAAGGGAGGCUGGUGUCAGACUUGAGAAGGAGAGGGUCGAUGGGGUUUGGGUUGUGCAUAACUAUGGGCAUGCGGGGUGGGGAUACCAGGGCUCGUUUGGGUGUGCGGAGGAGGUUGUAGGGCUUGUUGGUGAGAUUGGGCUGCAAGCUAAGCUAUGA